AUGCGCGAGCAUAACCGAAGGCCCAUGCGGCCGUUCCUCGUGACUGAGUAUGCAAAGGGGGGCACACCUGCACUGACCCCGGGAGCGUUCAUUCUGAAUCGUAGCGUGUCGGCUGAGCACAUCCCAUCGGUCUCCAACUUGAAUGGCAAGUCACUGAAGACACCAACUGCGAAAGUGGCGGCGCAGAUGGAUAUGGACAAGCAGCCCGGUAGAGAAGAAGCCACGUGUAAGACCCAGCACUCGCCCGAUGACAACCCAGGACCCUCUCAUAGCACUUCCGAAGUACUUGCUGGUACUGAAGUGUGUGAUGGACAGGACGUUGCCGAUUUAUCUGCUGGUGUGCCUCUUAGCGAUGGGGAGGGGGGAGACUAUCUCGUUAAAGCCACCACACUUGCGCAAACAGCGCCCGCGUCUCCUUUUUCGUCCACUUACGACAGACCGGAUGCCUCGAAGAGGGCCCGGAGCACACCUAAGCGCCGCAAAAGCAAAGAGCUCGAGGACAUAAAAUGUAAUUCUCGCAGAUGGGAUGUACCCAUCAGAGGGCGAAUGUGCUACAUCGCACAGGCCAGACCCAGCACAGUCAUACCCAUGGUAGUCACGAGCUACCGCAACCAGAUACGCUGUGUGGACGGGUUCUAUGUUACCACCAGAUACACCGACACCACCCGCGCCCUCACCAAUCCACCCUGCGACGCCUGUGGGGUACUGGCGCGCAAGAGCAAGUGCCUGUUUGACAACUGCGGCGACUGUUGCCGGGAUGUGAAUAACAAUCCUUGUAAAGUACACCGGACGAAGGCGGAUGCUAUGUUCUUGCAACUCAAGGCCGAUGUUAGAAGGCAAAAGCUCCGCAAGCAACAUGGCAUGUGCCUUAUGUAUCAGGCGGGUCAGUGUCGCAAAGGCUCCGCAUGUUACUAUGACCACGGAGAGGGCCCGGAGAUGCUGGACAUUGACUCUGAGAUCGGCACACCUCUGCGUAUAACACUGUGUGUCAGGGACUACGCCAAUGAAAGCGAACGCAGCACGCGCAACGACAAGAUGUCUCUGCCACAAAGCGUGCUGAUGACAGCUUUGGCGAAGGAGAUAAGCUCGCCUUUUACGUUUCAAAUCAACCAGAGGGGUAGCAAUGUGAUGACUCACGGAGGUGUGUGGGAGUUCACUGCGCCAGAGAACACUGUCCUGCUAACGCCCUUGAUGCAGGCGCGUCUUGGGGUUCGUAGUGGUGACAUGGUUGAACUAAAGUCCGUUUCGCUACCUAGCGGCACGUUUGCAAAGUUCAAAGCCCUCGAUAUGUUGUCAUGGCAACGCAUCCCAACCGCCAUGGUGCGGUCACUGCUGGAGUUUGAGCUAAGGAAGCACCAGACGCUGGGCGUGGGCAGCGUCGUGGACGUGGUGUUCGCGGACAAAAAAUGCGAAUUAGAAGUGUAA